CGGGUCUCUGACAGCCUGACUUGCUCGCCCUACCCAAAGAUGUCUUAUGACCUUUCCUUCAUCAGUGCAAGGCCUGGAGAGGAUCCCGAGGGUGGCAGCUUCGCGGAGGAAAGCAGUGGCGGAGUUGACGACAGUAGUGUCCUGGGAGGGGACAGCCUAGUCACGGGGCCGCUGGGUGCAGUGCUGCUGGUCAUGUACCUCAUUGGGAUGGUGGGAAACAUCUACACGGUGGUGGUGGCCUCUGGAAAGGUGGCGGGACACUCAGUGGGCUCCUUGGGGGUCUACGUGAUCAACCUUGCCUUCGCUGACCUCCUGUACCUCUCCACCAUACCCUUCGUGGUUUGCACCUACUUUGCCCAUGACUGGUUCUUUGGGGAUGUGGGCUGCAGGCUUUUGCUCAGCUUAGACCUCCUCACCAUGCAUGCCAGCAUCUUCCUUCUGACCGCCAUGAGCCUGGAGAGGUACUGGGCGGUGGCCAGGCCACUGCGGGCCAGGCAGGCCAGCAACACUUACCGCAAGCUGGCCAGCGCUGUCCUCUGGCUCCUCUCACUCCUGCUUACAGCUCCCAUGAUGGUGAUGACCCAGCUGCGGGAGGGGGAUGGCCCCCACAAGCGCAUCUGCAUCCCCACCUGGACACCAUCAGCCUUCCGUCUCUAUCUGACAGUGCUCUUUGCCACCAGCAUCCUGGCACCCGGCGUGGUGCUGGGUGUUGUCUACACCCGCCUGGCCUGGGCGUACUGGUCCUCUGCCUGGGGCCUGGGGCUGCUGGUGGCCAGCCGGGCCCCUGCCCGGCAGCUCUUCUCCAGGAUCUCCGCCAUUGUUGUGGCCUACUGGGCCUGCUUCCUCCCCUUCUGGUCCUGGCAGCUGGCCUGGCUGUAUGGGGGUGAGGGGCUGGGCAUUGGCCCUGCCGCCCAGGCCUACCUCAACUUCGGUGUCACCUGCUUGGCCUAUGGCAACAGCUGCAUCAACCCCUUUCUCUACACCCUGCUCACCAGUAGCUACCAACGACGCCCUGGCUGCAGCGGGAUGGGCAUGGCACAGCCCACAGCACCCUCCCAGGCGGCUACAAGGGGACCAGCAGGAGGCCACAGCAUCUUCCCGGCUUUUGGAAAGUUGUUGGGGUCUCUGGGGGAAAGCAAGGGGUAA